UCAGUAUGGUGGAAAAUAAUUUUUUGAGCGUCUUAAUGCGGUGAUGAAGGAGGCCAGGGGAAACAGAAAGGCGUUCGGCGGUGUGCAGAUGGUCGUGACAGGUGAUUUUUGCCAGCUACCACCGGUUUUGCCUUUUGAGCACUGCGUGACAUGCGGAUUGGAGACGGAAGAGAAUAAAUGGAAGGGACAACAUGUGUGCCCUAAGCAUGGAGUCUUCAAGGACAUCGAUAAAUGGGCGUUUCGCUCAGACGCCUGGCAAGAGAGCGGCUUUACGCAUGUCAAUCUCACCACUAUACACCGGCAGAGCCAUAAGGCCUUCAUUGCCAUCCUACAUAAGAUGCGCAGGGGAAUCGUCUUGAAUCCUGGCAACCAUAACCUGAUUGUGUACCAUCCAUCAGACACGCGUGAUGCGAUUGAGCUAUAUACCAGAAAGGAAAGGGUCAAACAGCGCAAUGACGAAAUGUUCGACAAGCUACCCACGGAGCCUCAAGAAUACCAGUGCUUAGAUAGCCACGAUUGGAAACCCGACCACUUUGAAUGGGAGACCAUGGGACAUAUUAUGAAGGGCGGAGCGUUGAGUGGUAUUCACGAUGAUCGCUAUGAUGCGAAAGUUGCGCUAAAAGAAGGCAUGCUUGUGGUGCUUCUUCAUAAUCUUGAUCUCCCUGCAGGUCUUGUCAACGGCUCACAAGGUACCAUCCAACGUUUCGAGAAGAGGGCGCCUCACCGAAUGCCAGUGGCUUCGAAAAAUUCAGGUGGAUAUGGUAGCCAAAAUGGGCAGCUCCUUCUUCAAGGAGAAUACGCAGUCUAUCGACAGGACAAAAUUCGUGAGUUUGCAAAGCAAGAGAAUUUUCCGGGCUGGCCAGUCGUUAAAUUUAUGAACGGCCUGGAACGUACAAUCUAUGCAGAUUGUACAGUGACUGAGCUGAGCGUCGGCGAACCGAAAAUUGUCAUUUCAAGGACACAGAUACCUUUAACGGCAGGUUGGGCCAUCACGACGCAUAAGAGUCAGGGUAUGACAUUAGACCGCGUCAUAGUAGAUCUGUCUGGGGCGUUUGAACUGGGACAAGCCUACGUAGCACUCAGUCGAGCUAGAUCCCUUGAAGGCUUGAAGGUUAUAUCGUUUCCCGUGUCCGCUCAGGGUUGCAAUGCACAAGUUAAAAAGUUUAUGGUGGAGAUGUUUGGCCCCAAUUGGUGA